AUGUGUGACGAAGAAGUAGCCGCCCUCGUAGUAGACAAUGGAUCCGGUAUGUGCAAAGCUGGUUUCGCCGGUGAUGACGCCCCUCGUGCGGUAUUCCCCUCGAUUGUAGGACGACCCCGUCACCAAGGUGUGAUGGUGGGUAUGGGCCAGAAGGACUCGUACGUAGGUGACGAGGCCCAGUCAAAGCGUGGUAUUCUUACUCUGAAAUAUCCAAUUGAGCAUGGAAUAGUCACCAACUGGGACGAUAUGGAGAAGAUCUGGCACCACACCUUCUACAACGAGCUCCGAGUUGCCCCUGAGGAGCACCCAGUCCUCUUGACUGAGGCCCCACUCAAUCCAAAGGCCAAUCGUGAGAAGAUGACGCAGAUUAUGUUCGAAACAUUCAACACACCAGCGAUGUAUGUCGCCAUUCAGGCUGUACUCUCACUGUACGCCUCAGGUCGUACCACUGGUAUUGUUCUGGACUCGGGUGAUGGUGUUUCUCACACUGUUCCCAUCUACGAGGGUUAUGCCCUACCCCACGCCAUUCUUCGUCUCGAUCUUGCUGGUCGUGACUUGACUGACUACCUCAUGAAGAUCCUCACCGAGCGUGGCUACUCCUUCACAACCACUGCUGAACGUGAAAUUGUUCGUGAUAUCAAGGAGAAACUCUGCUAUGUUGCCCUUGACUUUGAACAGGAAAUGGCAACCGCUGCAUCAUCCUCAAGCCUCGAGAAGAGCUAUGAACUUCCUGAUGGACAGGUCAUUACCAUUGGAAACGAACGAUUCCGUUGCCCAGAAGCCCUCUUCCAGCCAUCCUUCCUGGGUAUGGAGGCCUGCGGUAUCCACGAAACAACGUACAACUCAAUCAUGAAGUGCGACGUUGAUAUUCGUAAGGAUCUCUACGCCAACACUGUACUCUCUGGUGGUACCACCAUGUACCCCGGAAUCGCCGACAGAAUGCAGAAGGAAAUCACUGCCCUAGCCCCAUCCACCAUGAAGAUCAAGAUAAUCGCACCACCGGAGAGGAAAUACUCCGUAUGGAUUGGUGGCUCUAUUCUCGCAUCUCUCUCAACAUUCCAGCAGAUGUGGAUCUCCAAGCAGGAGUACGACGAGUCUGGCCCCUCAAUUGUCCACAGAAAGUGCUUCUAAGCUGUUUAACAAGACACUGCACCCGAACAUCAUCCCCUUGUCCCCUCUUCCCUUCCCAUUCGCAGUCAUUCCGUUGGUCUUUUAUUAUUUUAUUUUAUUUUAUUCUAGUUCUUUUUUUGGAUCCCAAUAAAUGCACUUUGGGAUCGCUCCAUUGUCAUCAUUCAUAAA